CCAGCCCGGCUUCCCCGCCUCUAUAUAAACACACAUGGACUUUCUUUCCUACUCAAACUCACAGUGAGAGGGGCAAUACGGCGCAGCCCUGCCUCCCGCUUCGCAGGAGCCUGGUGAAAAGUGUGGGGCUAACAAACAACCAGCGUGUAUAUAUAUACCUAUAUAUAUAUAUAUAUAUACACACCUAUAUUUAUGGAGAUAUAUUUAUAUAUAUAGAUAGAGAUAUAAACCGAUCCGUCUCGCUCCGUGUGUAUAGAUACAUAUAUAUAUAGCUAUUUAAUUCUUCCAUCUCUCCAGGUCUUUGCUGAAUUAUUUUAUGAUUUUUUAAUUUUUUUUUUAAAUCUCGCUCCUUUUUUUUUUUUCCUCUUUUUUUUUUUUUGGUGUGUGUGGCUUGCAUUGGAAGCAAGUGAGACCCAGAGCAUCUGCAUUUGGACUUUUUUUUGGGGGUGUAUUUCCCCCCCCCCCCUCCGGGGUUUUUCUUUUUUGCAGAGUUUUUCUUGAGGUUUUGGCUAUUCAAUUGCACGCCCCCCCUUCCCUCUUUUGGGGGGGCUCGCCUGUUUUUUUUCUCUUUUCGUGCUGUGUGUGGUUUUUUUUUUUUUUCCGCCUGUGUCACUAUCAAGUUUAUCCUAAACAAGAGCAAAGUUUUCAGAGAGGGACAGGGAAAAUUUGAUUUUUCCCCCUUUUUUUUUUUUUUUGCUUUUUUUUUUCCCCCCCCCUUCCCCCGCUGCUUUUCGCCCCGCCGGAGGCGCGGGGGGGGAUCCGCGGCCCCCAGCUGCCCCCUCCCUCGCGGCAGCACCCCCGGGCCGCCCCGGCGUGCGCUCCGCCGGCGCCCGCGCUGCUCCGCGCGUGGGGGUGCGAGCGCGGCGCCUGUCAAGGGGCCGCUUCUCUCCCCACCCUCCUCCUCCUCCCUCUCCCAAAUAUGCUUUUCGCAAGUUUUGAUCUCGUCUCGGCACUGGCUACCCUCGCGGCGUGCUUGGUGUCACUGACUUUGCUGCUGGCCGUGUCCCAACAGCUGUGGCAGCUCCGCUGGGCUGCCACCCGCGACAAAACCUGCAAGCUGCCAAUCCCCAAAGGCUCCAUGGGAUUCCCGCUGAUCGGCGAGACCUUCCACUGGCUCCUGCAGGGCUCCUGCUUCCAGUCGUCGCGGCGGGAGCGCUACGGGAACGUGUUCAAGACGCACUUGCUGGGGCGGCCGCUGGUGCGGGUGACGGGCGCGGAGAACGUGCGCAAGAUCCUCAUGGGCGAGCACCAGCUGGUGAGCACCGAGUGGCCGCGCAGCACCCGCAUGCUGCUGGGGCCCAACACCGUCGCCAACUCCAUCGGCGACAUCCACCGCCACAAGAGGAAGGUGUUCUCCAAAAUCUUCAGCCACGAGGCCCUGGAGAGCUAUCUCCCCAAGAUCCAGCUGGUGAUCAAAGACACCCUCCGGGCCUGGAGCAGCAACCCGGAGUCCAUCAACGUCUACCACGAGACCCAGAAGCUCACCUUCCGCAUGGCCAUCCGGGUCCUGCUGGGUUUCCGCAUCCCCGAUGAGGAGCUCAACCGGCUCUUCGAGGUCUACCAGCAGUUCGUGGAGAACGUCUUCUCCUUGCCUGUGGAUCUGCCCUUCAGCGGCUACAGGAGGGGGAUCCGAGCGCGUGAGACGCUGCAGAAGGGGCUGGAGAAAGCCAUCCAGGAGAAACUGCAGAACACGCAGGGCAAGGACUACGCCGACGCUCUGGAUAUCCUGAUAGAGAGCGGCAAAGAGCACGGCAAGGAGCUCACCAUGCAGGAGCUGAAGGACGGCACCCUGGAGCUCAUCUUUGCCGCCUACGCGACGACUGCCAGCGCCAGCACGUCUCUGAUCAUGCAGCUCCUCAAGCACCCCCGGGUCCUGGAGAAGCUGCGGGAGGAGCUGCGGAGCAAAGGCAUCCUCCACAACGGCUGCAUCUGCGAGGGCUCCCUCCGGCUGGACAACAUCAACAGCCUCUACUACCUGGACUGCGUCAUCAAGGAGGUGCUUCGCCUCUUCACUCCCAUCUCGGGGGGGUACCGGACCGUGCUGCAGACCUUCGAGCUGGAUGGUUUUCAGAUCCCCAAGGGCUGGAGCGUCAUGUACAGCAUCCGGGACACCCACGACACGGCUCCCGUGUUCAAGGACGUGGACGUCUUUGACCCCGACCGCUUCGGGCAGGGCCGAACCGAAGACAAGGACGGCAGGUUCCAUUACCUCCCCUUCGGAGGAGGAGUACGGACCUGUCUCGGGAAGCAUCUGGCCAAGCUUUUCCUCAAGGCGCUGGCCAUUGAGCUGGCCAGCACCAGCCGCUUCGAGCUCGCCACCAGGACUUUCCCCAAAGUCACGCUGGUGCCCGUGGUCCAUCCGGUCGACGGACUCAAGGUCAAAUUCUUCGGACUGGAUUCCAACCAGAACGAGAUCCUGACGGAGACGGACGCUAUGUUGGGGGCGACGGUGUAGACCCACUCCGGCUGCCGAGGGAAGGGCGGACGGGGAUGGAGGGGUGGGGGUGGGGGCAACGGGGAGGAAAGAAGGGAAGGAGAGAAGGAAGAGAGGCGCGAGGAACUUCUCCACGUCACUAACUUUGCAGGCCCUCCGGGUCGAGACUGGUUUCUCCGACGGUGAAGCUGCCGAAACCGCUUGCUCUCUCCGUGGGGCGUGGAGAAGAUCGGGGCGUCGUUGCCACGUGUUUCGUUCUGUUCGGAAAAAAGGCGAAGAAUUUCAAAACCCGAGUGGAGCUGGGACUGGCUGACCACACACAGUAUCUAAAUAUUAUAAAUAUAUAUAUAUAAAUAUCUAUGAAACACUUCUGCUGCGAGGAGGAGCGCUGCACGGCGGGGAAGGCUUUGGAAAUCAGCUGGCGACCGGAGGUCCGGCUGCCCCGUGCGUCUCCUCGGGAUCCGGCCGGGAGGCUCCGGACGAACCUGAGGGACGGCCGUGACCUCCGGUGGCCUCUGAUCCUUUUUUAACAGUGUUAAAUUAGCUGGUGAUAACAGUGUUUUUUUUGGGGGGUGGGUGGGGGGGUUGUCUGUUUGCUGGAUCGUGUUUUGCGUUUGGGUUUCUCCCCUUUUUUUGGCUUUCCUCGGCGAGCGAGCUCCGUGCCGCCGCUUCGAAGAGCGGGAGCGAGGUCUCGGACAAGUGCGUUUUAUUUCUUUUUUUAAUUCGGGGGCCUGGGGGUGGGGAUGGGGGGAUCCCUUUCCAUUUUUUUUGGUUUUUUUUCCAUUGAGUGACCUGCUGCUGCUACGUGGCCUGCGCGUAUCCGUCCGUCCAUCCGUCCGCCCGCGCCGCCUCCGUCCCGCUCCCGGCCCCUCGCUGCCCCUUCCCGCGCCGUUGCCUCCCCGCCGCCGGCUCCCUGGGUCCUCGGGAUGUGCGCACUGACCUCGACCCCCCCAGCCCCCCCCCCGAGGUCCGGCGGUGGCCCACGGCCCACCGGGAGCCCCGCUCGGAGCUGCUCCUUUUUUCCCGGCGUGCCCCCUUUCCCGGGAGGCGUCGACAUUAAAGGUGAUCUCGAACGAA